GUGAGUUGGUCGUUACGCGAUCGUGCCGCAAUCAUUUGUAAAGCUCACCUUCAAAUAGCUAGGCAAUGCCGAUCGCGAGACAUUCGGUAGCACAUACGAUUCCCUAAUCGGCCGUCCUGCGCCAACUCAUCGCAAUUCUACUCUUUAUUCGAGAGAGCAUUUUCAGUGAUCUAGACAAAUAACAAAUUUCUGCUUACCUCUUGCCUGCCUUAGUGAAGAUUUCCAAUGAUAUUCGCGUAAAUGUGAAGAUGAUCUACGAUUAAUCACGUCAACUCCUUUAUCGACAUCUUGAAAAAACACCAACAAUCGCAGCAAGAAAAAUUAAAUUACAAUUCUCGAUCGAUUUUUCUGUGUGGCAAUUCGUGAGAUCCCGACAAUCUUGUCGAAGAAAAAAAAUGGGAACGUUUGUGAGAAUUUUGGCAAUUCUCAGUCUGAUUAGUUUAUCGUGUGCUGAAGAGUCGUCGGUGGACGUUUUGACAUCUUCGAGCGGUCUUAACGCUUUUAAGGAGGAAGACAUACUUGGCGUGCUUUCGCGCAACAAAACCGACACAACCAAAAACUUCACUUUCGUCGAACUAAUAAGCAGCCUUGGCAAUUAUACAAUAGAUUCCGAAAAGAUUAUAUGGAGCGAUGACAGUCCAGAAGUACAUUACAUGAACCCGCACUAUGAGGACUUUCCUGCAGAAAUCAAUCUUGAGGCACGCAGAUUAUUCCAAAUCCUUCCCACUUACGAUCCUGGCGCAGGAAGUGUCAGCGCCGAAUGCAAACGGCACUCCGACAUCUUUCGCGAGGAGCUCGCCAAGUUCACCCUAUGGGCUCUCAAAAUGUACGAUGCAACCGCGAAGGUGCCUUCCGGCCUAUUGAGCGGGAAUGUUAAUCAAUUUGGCGAUUUCGACGAAUGCGUCGGUGUCGAGGGCAAGGAUGGUAUUCAAGGGCAAUAUUGUCUGGCGUAUUUACAAUUGGUUGUCGACCAGUCCAGACCGGAUCUGAAAUACUUACAUCGUCUGCUACAUUCGCACUAUGCAUUCCGCAGCAAUAUAUCCGACCCCGGUCACAGAGUACCACGUUUUAGCACCGUAAAUUGGGCUGUAUGCACACCUGCAUCAUGUACAGCGCAAGAUGUGAAAAACUCUCUUCAACACGCAAUCUCAAAGUACACGAAUCAAACUGGUCUCAAAAUUACGUUACAAGUAGACCAAGACAUGUGCCAAGUGAAAAGGGAACUCGUUCUAUCAAAAGCGACUAUCGCCACUAGCUUUCUCUUUGUCACUGUAUUCGUUUUAACUCUGGUGGGCGCGUACUAUGAUCAUUACAAAAUACCGGCUAGCGAAUUGCUGUUAUCAUUCUCUUUGAAACGCAACAUUCAGAAACUUUUCUCGCUGGAAAGACCGCAAGGCGACAUAGCGUCACUCCAUGGUAUUCGAUUUUUAAACAGUGUUUUAUUGGUCAUAGCUCACAAAAGUUUGGCGGUAUUUUUCAUUCCUUACAUGAACCGGACUUACAUGAGCGAGUUUUUAGGUAAACCAUGGACUGUCAUAGGAAGAGCGGCUAGUCUUUAUACUGAUCCAUUCAUUAUGUUGUCCGGUCUAUUAACGACGUAUUCAUUCGUAGGCAAGUUGAGAAAAAACGGAACUUUAGGUAUCAAACACGAAUACUUGUCGCGCUUGCUAAGACUAGUACCGACUCUAGGCGCACUAGUAUUGUUUUGUACUUACAUUAUGCCGUACAUCGGAUCUGGACCACAGUGGCCGCUGGUAGUGACCAAUCACGCAAACAUAUGCAAAAAGACAUGGUGGCGAAAUUUCUUAUUUAUUCAUAAUUAUUUUGGAUUCGAAAAUAUGUGCCUUACGCACACACAUCAUGUGGGAAUAGACACGCAAUUGUUUGCAAUUUCACCCCUGAUGGUAUUGCUCUUAUAUAAAAGACCAAAAAUCGGUACUAUUGUACUCUGUAUAAUAGCUUUGAUAUCAACAAUACUGAGAUUUUACGUCACGUAUAGCAAAAAUCUCAAUAAUUAUAUAUAUUAUGGCACAUCAAUAAGACAAUUAUUUGAUACUGCUGAUUUCUCCUACACAUUACCAUCUCACCGAUUGACUGUUUAUAUUAUUGGUAUUUUCACGGGUUACAUACUUCGGAAUAUACCUAAAAAUUUUAAAUUAACCACAACAGCUCUAUAUACAGGUUGGACUGUAUGCACUAUAAUGUUCCUGACGGCUUUCAUCGGACCUUCUAAAAUGGGAUCUCUCGAUUACGUAUAUAAUCCGAUCCAUGCAGCCAUUUAUAACGCGUUUGCUCCUAUCGGAUGGUGUGGCUUGUUUCUAUGGAUAGCUAUAAUGCAGCAUACUGGCAAUUCAAAUGGAUGGUUAACUAAAUUAUUUUCUUGGCGAGGAUUUCUUGUUACUACAAGGAUUAGUUAUGGCGUCUAUUUAACGCAGUUUCCAAUAUAUUUCUUCAAUGUUGGACAAACUCGGACUGCGGAAUAUUAUGAAUUUUUCAACGUAAUGGUAAAUCUAAAAGAAAUUAUAUGUAUUUUUUUAACAUCCAUAAUUCUUACGUUGCUGUUCGACACACCAUUCCAAAAUUUAAAAAAUUAUUUAUUAUUGAAAAAAGCAAUGUCGACAAAAGAUACAAUUAAGAUAUCUAAAAUGGAAUAAAAUAUAUUUUAAUUAUAUGAUUCUGACCAAAUAUUUUAAUUUGAUUACAAUAAUCUGAAAAAACUUUGUAUAUACCAUUUUUAUUAAAUUUUUAAUUUAAAGUAUAAUUUAAAAAAUUUAUAAAUAUAAGACAAAAUAUAAUAGGGUAUAAAUUAUCAAGGGAAAGGAAUUGUUGCGAGAUAAAUUGCCAUUUUGUAAAAAUCAAUUAUCAUUAUUUAGUCUUUAUUUCUAGAAAAAGUAAUUAAUGAAAGGCACAUACACACAAGAUAUUCUAAAGAGUCUUUUCACUCUCUUGAAAAUACGCAUGCUGUGUUAUGAAGAACACAUUUACAUAAACUUUUCUAUUUCUGAAUAUAAUUAUAUAAAUAAUUGUAAAUAUUAGUUUUUCAUUAAUUGUUUCGCGUAUAAUUAACUAAAAUUUACUUAAUAUGUUUACUUCCUGUAUUCAAAUAAUUUAAUGUCAUAUAAUUUGUAAUUUGUAUGCAUGUAUGUAUACCCACCCUGACAGGGUUUUUGUUAGGUUACAGGAAGGUUUUUGUUAGGUUACAGGAAUGUCUCAAUGUCUCAUAUUCAUAGCAUCUCAUUUGGAAUGUUCCUGCAACCUAUUUUAUUGAAACAUUGCAAUUGUUAGGGUUCUGCAACCUAAUUUAUUGAAUGAUUGCAAAUAAAAGGUUCCUGCAACCUACUUUUGAAAUGUAAAUGCGUCGUUCGUUGCGCAUGUGCAUUAGCUUGCGCAUUCAGUCUUGUGCCUCGUGCUUUGUGGUCUUCUACUGCAUAUAGGGUGGUAUUCAUAGUCCGUUAUUAUAUUUAAGAUUGUCUUAAGUACCCUGAUAGCACAAAAGGUUUCAGUUACGUUGCAGAGAUAUUACAAGUGUCUCAAUUGUAUAUCAUUACAUUUGUUAUAUUUCUGAGACAUUCAUUAUUGAAACAUUACAUUUGAAAUGUUUCUGCAAUGUACUGGAUGGAAACUUUACAAUUGAAAUGUCUCUUCAAUGUAAUAUUUUGCAACAUUACGAAAUUAAAGAUUUCGAAAGGUUUCUGAGA